AUGGAGGUUAUUUGUAGUUUUAGGGGAACAGGUUACCUGGGAAUUAAGGUGCGGUGGCAGGAUAGUUAUUUAUACAUUUGUAAUGUUUACUCUUCGUGCGAGCUUUCUUUGAAGAGAGAGCUUUGGAGGAAUCUCCUUGAUCUAAAGGACAAAAACAGAGAUGGAGAUUGGAUCAUUGGCGGUGAUUUCAACGCCGUGAAAAAUAGAGGGGAAAGAAAGGGUUUGUCUGAAGGAGGAGGUAAGGUAGAAUGGGAGGAAUUUUCCAGCUUUAUAAACGAUUUAGGUUUGGAGGAUGUUCCAUGUAUAGGCAAAAAAUUCAGCUGGUUCAGCGGUGACGGCAAGUUGAGGAGUCGGUUAGAUCGUUUCUUAAUGUCUAGUAAUAUCAUCAACCGGUGGGGGGUCGUUGGUCAAGAAAUUGGUGAGAGAGACAUAUCGGAUCAUUGCCCUGUUUGGAUUGUGGCGGACAAGUCGGAUUGGGGUCCAAAACCUUUCAAGUUUAAUAAUGAGUGGUUCCAACACAAGGAUUUCUUAGGUUAUGUUGAGAGGGAAUGGAGGUCUAUGGAAGUGUAUGGUCGUGGUGAUUUUGUGUUGAAGGAGAAAUUGAGUCGCCUUAAAAACAAAUUACGAUGGUGGAACAUCAACGUUUUCGGGAUGAUUGAUCUAAAUUUGGAGGAGGGGGUCAAGGAGAUAAAUGAUCUAGAUAAUCAAGGUUUAAAUGUGGAGGUUGAUCCGGAGGAAAGAAGGAGGGCAAAUAGGAAGUUUUGA